ACAUGAUAUGCAGAGCCAUAUAAGUCAAUGCGAUGGAAUUCAUGUUGACCAGCUUUUCCCUGCCGCCUCCCCCUUUCCCUCUCCGCCAGACCUUCAACUAAAAGGUACUGAAAUCGGAUUCACACCCACGAAGAAGUAUAUAACCCACACCACCUUUACUUUUUCUCUCAUUAUCCAUUUCACCGGCCUCUCACUACACUGCUGCGCUGCAUUAUGUAGGUCCUGUUUGGUGUGCUAGAAUGGAGAGUAAAAUGAAAGGACAUGAGGAAGGGUGUAGUAGGGUGGAGGUUUCUUAUGAUGCUUAUUCUUCUUCAAAUCUUUCAAGAAGGGGAAGCUUUGGAAAACCUUCUUGGCUUCUUUGCUCUGUUGCAGGUACAUAUAAUGCUCCUCUAGUCCUCUUUUAUGUUCUAUCAAUUAAAACGUUUGAAAUAAAAAUUAUUGAGUUAUUUUUUGAAAUGAAAAUUUAUUUAAAAUGGUUGACCUUUCACUGCUAUUAAUAGCAAUCAAAGAAUUGAGUGUGAGCAGGAAGGUUAAUAAUUUAGGAAAUUCUUUAAUCUGUUUUGAAUCGCUUGAAUUGGAACUUUUAAAUAGAAAUUCUUAUGACAUUAAUUAAUGCAUGUCUGGGCUGGCAUUUAUGUAGGGUAUGGGACCAUACAUUUUGCAUCUUUUGAUCAAAGGGGUUGUGUAGUACAAAAAAUCAAGAACCCAAAAAUCUUAAUUUGUGGAGCAUCAGAAAAAUAAUUUAACAAGUGAUGCGAAAUUUUCCACCAACCACUUUUAUAUGUGAAAAAAGGUGUCCAAAGUAGUACUGUAUUUUUCACGUGUAAAAUCGUGUCGGGUCGGGGUAUGAGGGCUCCUGGGGUGGGAGAUUCCACCUUUUGGACCAAAGUAUUUUUCAUGUGUUUGUAUUUGACGUUGGUACCAAAAAGACCGAAGUAGAUUGCUAAUAUUUCAUGCGGAAUAUUUGUCUAAAGUAGUACUGUACUUUUCAUGUUUGUCAGUUGGUGGUGCAUUUGUGCUAUAGCCAUGCGGAAAUUAGUGUGUACCAAAACAAAAGUAUUUAUUAACUAAAAGUUAAUAACAAAAUAAUUAGUAACAACGAUGAAUCAAUAAUUAGUGUGGUAUAUUAGUAUUUUAUAAUAAUAUACAGUACCAAGUAUUAGAAAAAUGAAUCAAUAUACAAAAAAGUAUUCACAACUCUAAAUAUAUAAAAAUGAAUCAAUAUGAAAUUGUUUGUUUUUCAGCGGCUUGGUAUCAACCUGCUACAAAAUGUAGCGUUUUCUAGUUUAAAAAAGUCACCAAUUUCAUGGAAACACCACAAACCAAACGAAGCCAUAGUAUUUAUUCACAAAAAGUUAAUACUCUUUCCAUUUCAUCAGUUUUCUUCUUUCUUUUUGUUUGUCUAAAAGAUUUUGUCAUUUUUCUUUUAAAGGAGUGAAUUUCUGAUCCAAUUUAUUUUUUCCUUGCACAAACCACAAUCAUACGGUCUUUAUUAUUCUCUAUAGUAGUAGGUCCUAUUGUCCUAGUACACUACUUAAGUGUAUUAUAUCUACAUUUGUGGUAAAUUAUCGCCAAUAAGAAAAUAUAACAAUCAAUUUGAAACAAUUGAAAUUGAAAAGAAAAUCAAGACACUAAUUUUGAAUUAAAGAUUGUAUGGAUAAAAAUCCGAAUAAUAAGCUUGAUAAACAAAGAAAAAUAAUGUUGGUUGAUGAGUGUAGUCCAACGGAUGACAAUCCACCCCAAGUCUCUCCUUAGUGGGAGUUUUUGAGUUCAAUUCCCACCAAAGGAGAUAAGGGAGGUCUUGCUCUUAACGAUUCUUCUUACCUUCACGAAGUUGUUUAAUGACUGAGAAGGGAGAGAGUGAUAAUGAAGGUAGCAAGUUCGUGUAGUGGGAGGAUAAGACUGAAAGAUGAUGAUGAGACUGACUGUGAUCAGAUCCGGAUAUAAUUAUCUAGGGGCUUUGGAAGGCAGUUCAUAGACUCCAUCAUAAGCCCCCACACCUGGAUUAUAAAAAAAUGUUACCAAAAUGGAAUUGGAAAUAAACAUUUGUACAUUUUGUUACAUGCAAUAAAAUGGUAUACGAGUACAUUGAAUGGGAGAUCUUAUCGAAUCAGAGUGAGACGAAGGGUCGCUUUCUUCCUUACCUUUGUAACAUGUAUAUAUAUCUAUACACAGUAAAGCUAUGCUUAGCUAAAAAGUAAAAACACAGUCUUUUUACUCCUGCUAAUGUAAAAUCUCUUUCUCACAUUGCACACUGGCAGCAGUAACUUUAUACUUGGGUUUUCAAAAUUUGAAUCCAAAAAGAAAGAAGAAGAAGAAAACACCAAAAAAGAACGUUGCGUAAAUGCAGACUGAAAAUGAUUCGAUCUUCCUUUGAACAGUUCUUAUUUUUCUGUCGCGCAGCUGCACCACGUUAUUAUGCUCAUAAUCAGGACAACGCACAUCACCCCUUGACUUAUGGUUUAUUUGGAAUAAUAAGUUUUAUGGUUCUUCAAGUUGAAUUUAAUAUAAUAUAAUCCGUACCUUCAUCUUGUUUCAUGUGUCCUUCGAGUGGAAUUUAACUUGCUAAGAAAGAUUGAAAACAUUUUCCCAAACGCGCAUCAUUCGCACAUUGCAAGGACCUAAAACACAAUGUGUCAUAUUUGGAGGGACUAAAAACGUAUUUAAGCCAAGAAGUUAUAUAAAGAGGCACAGAAUUUAAAAUUUCACUAUAUUUUUUAUUGUUUAUAAAUAUUUAUAGAUAUGUAUAUAUAUCAUAAUUUUUUUCUUGGGUUUUAGCCGAGGCACCCGCCAGCCCGUAUCUCCAUCAGUCCAUCGUGGGUUUCAGCAUUAAAUUAAAUAAUCACAACAUAUUUUCAUUCUUGUUGUAUAUGCCUUCAUUGAUAAUGAAGGAGUGAAUUUACGUGAAUAAAAAAGUGUUUGAAAAAUAGAAAAAACGCUAAAAUGCAUGGACAUAGAAGGUAAUAUGCAUUAUUUGGAAAACCCGUAUAGUAUGCUCUUAUUUUAGAGAUAAUUUUUUCAAAAUAUUAAGGGGGUGUUUGGUUCAAGGAAUGUCAGAUUACCAUGAGAAUGUCAGAUUGCUGGGUAUGUUAAAUUGAUGAGAAUGUAUUCAAUUUAUUCCCAUUUGUGUUUGGUUAAGAUUAAAUGAAUGUGACAUUAAUUUAUUUGGUUAAAAGAUAUCUUUUAUUGCACAUAUGAUGGAUCACUUCAAUGCCCUUUAAAUAUUGAAAUAUCUUAAUAAUAAAUAAAAUCAAAUCUAAUUGAUUUUUGUUAAGAAUGUUUAAUUGUAAGAGGUUGUAGAUCCAAUACAGAGAUGAAAAAAACUUUAUUCAAAUAGAAUUUUAAAUACUUGUAUAUUUAUCAUCAUUUCAAAAAAAUUAAAUUUAAAAAUGUUCAAGUUAUUCAUAAAACUUGCUUUCAAAUUAAAGAAAAAAUGAUUAAUUUUACCAUUAAAUUUUGAAAUCCACUCAUUAAAAACAUAAAUAAUCUAUAAAUUUUAUAGCAUAAAUAGUGAAUACCUUAAAAAAUUUAAAUGUUACACAAUCUUAUAACAUAAGUCUCACUUGAAAGGUCACACAAUCUAGAUAUUCGACUGACUAUAAAAUUAAGAAAUAAUGACAAAUAUAUAACCGAAACCAAGGUAAUUUACAAAAAUAUGACUUAGUGACUAUAAUAGUAACUUUAUUGACCACAAUAGUGUUCAAUUUUACAUCAUAAUGACUAUGCAUAUUAAUCGUAGUAAUGUUUUUGUCCAUAACUUAUAUUUUAGUAAUAUUUAAGGAAAAACCUCUAAAAUUAACUGAUCUCUGUCAAUAAUAAGAUUAUUUUUAGUAAAUAAAAUUUACAUAUUUAGAAAUUACAUUAAAAGUUUUAUAAAAUUACAAACAUUCAAAAUUGAUAAAAGUUGAAUACAUAGAGAAAUUAAAUGAAAAACGAUGACUAAUUGAGGGUAUUUUCGGAACGAAAUUAGAUCAUCCCUGGGAAUGUCAUCUAACCUAAGGUAUGGAAGGGUAUAACAUUCCCCUCCAUAUUACAUUCCUGGAAAUGUAACUUUCCCGAUUUUUUGUCAAAACCGUGAACUAAAUAUGAGUAUCUGUCAAAAAUAUGAACACAAUUUCGAUAUAUUUGGUUACUCAACUUUGGUGGGUCACGUCCCACAGAUUAUAAGUUUAGAUGCCCACAAGAAUCCAAACAUGAACACUCAAUUAUUGUAUACUUUUAUAUGCUCUAUCCAUAGAUGUCUAGUAAUAAAAAGCCAAAAAGGUUUGAAUAAUUUUGCAAGAUGGCCGACCAUGUUUGGUCCUAUGAAUGGUGUGUGCCUCGUUUUGGAGCAACUUUUGAAUCGGCCAAUCAUUUGCCCAAUAUAUGCUCUGUCUAUGGUAUCGUUUAGUGUCCAGAGGGUCUUCUAAGACCAUUUGGAGCGGCGGGAGAAUCUAAAUGUCAAAAAUGGACCUCGUUCAUAUGAAAACAGUGUUUUGACUCCCAUUUCUCUGCAUUCCAGCACCGUCAAUAAAAUGCACCCUUCACAUUUUUUACAUAUCAAUUUAAUAAAACAUUAAUUAAAUUAUUAUAAGUAAUGUUUUUCUUUUACUUUUUUCUCUGAUUAAUUAUAAAAUAAAAAAGACAGAUUUCGAUGUAAAAAAAAUCAUUAAUAAUUUUUUUUUACGUUUUUCGAUGAAGUAAGUUCAAACACAUUGGAGCAUUGGAUUCUCUUCUCAACUUGUGUGUCUAUCCACAGCACAUUGGAUUCCUUUUUCAACUUUUGUGUGUAUUCAUAUCACCUUGGAUUCUCUUUUCCAUUAUGUGUGUCAUUGAGAUCACAUUAUAUGACAUUGGAUUCUCUUUUCCACUAUGUGUGUCCUUUCAUAGCACAUUGGAUGCUAUUCUCCACUUGGUGUAUCCAAACAUAAUAAAUUGGAUGUAUCCUCCACUUGGUGUGAGCAUCAAAGAACUAUAUUACUAUAAAUACAUGGUCUCACUUGACAUUGGAGUCACACCUCAUCUUUACUUCUCCUUCAAGUAUUCUACUAUAAGGCCAAAUAAAAUCAUGAGUUCUUUUCCCGCAUUUUACAAAUCCAUCAAUGAAGAUGAAGAAGCCUAUUCCGACCGCAUGCGCAUGGCUUUGAUGGUUUCUUUGGUUGCAACAAGCUCCAAUAGCCAUGAGUACAUAGACCGUGGUCGAGAAGUUGGACAUCGUUUGUUGAUGGAUGAUUAGUGGAAUCCAAAUCCCACAUACAACGCACGUAUCUUCUGACGCCGUUAUCGCAUGCAACCAACUUUGUUCGAUCGAAUCAUGAAAGAUGUCAUGGCUUUCGAUCCGUAUUUUCUGAGUACAGUAGAUGCAGCAAACAAGGUGGGAAGAAGAGACAAAGAUGAGAGGGAGAGCAAGAUCCAAACAGACUUGGAUUAGAGGAAUCAAAACUAAUAUGCGUCUCCUUGAGUUGGAUGAGAGCAUGACUUUGGAGAGAGCAAAAUGGAGGGCGCACAUUUGUGUGGACGCCAACCUCAAAAUCUAUUGGGAUUAAGGUUUAUAUGUUGUUGUUGUUGAUCAACAAUCGUAAAACUAUCGAAGAUAUUCCUACAAAGUUCUGUAAUUGGCCUGGGCAAGACUGGCGGAUUGGGUCCCUGGUACUCAUGAUUCUUCAACCUAAAUCAAUUGCCUCCCAAUUGCCCUUCAAAUUGGAUUUUUAGUCACAUCAUCAAUGGUUUCAUACAACUUAAAAGGUAAUGAUAAAUUAGCAAGGGUAAGAUAUAAAAAGUGACUUUUUCUGAGAGUAGAAAUUCAAGCAGAGCAGCAGAGCAGCAAUGUCUAUUCUUCGGUCUUCCUAUUUUUCUCUUUUUUACAUAGCAAGCUUUUCUAUCUGCGAUUAUCCUGCCUUUAAUCACUCCAAUGCAUUAACUGAACAUUUUCACCUUCUUUCUUGUAUUGCUAGAUUUGGAUGAGAGGAUGAAGCUGUUGGGGUUGAACUUGAUUGGGGAAGGCAAUGAUAGUGCAGAUGACAGUUUCGCAAAACGUGCAGACUGCUACUACCAGCAACGUCCUCAGCUGAUUGCUUUGCUCCAAGAUUUGUACAAUAGUUACCUAUCCCUGGCUGACCGUUACUGCCAGUCACUGGCGAAAACUCACCACCAUUCAGCUCUGUCCAUCCACUUCGCCGACAUUCACCGCGAAGAUCUCGACCGGGGGGGAGACAAUGCCAUUGAUUCAUCUGAUGAUGCCGAGAGCUCUCUAUCUUAUCAACCACCACUGGGCCAGUUCCACCACCAUCAAGCAAAAGCUGGGGACCCGGAUAUGAUUAUCGCUGACUUAGUGAUGAAAACGGUCGAGUGUGACAUGAUCCUUGAUGAGCUGGAGCAGUUGGAGAGACGCGGGGUGGAGUCGUCUAGGAAGAUGGAGUUGCAGAGGAGCCUGCUGGAUGUGCUCGAGGCCGAGAGGUUGAUUUUACUGAACGAGAAUGCCAGGCUCGGGUACCAGGUCUCUGAGUUGGUGGAGGAGAACCAAGGGCUGGCGUCCGAGUCUACUUUCAUGAAGAGGAAGGCAGCCGACCUGGCGAGGUGCCUGUUGAAAAUGAGGGAGGACCACAGGGUUUUUGUGCUCAGCCGGAAGCUCGAGGAGCUUCAAGGGCAGAUACAAGGGCUGGAGAAGAGGAAUAGAGAGUAUUAUGAGCAGUUGGUCAAGCACGAUGAAGUAGAGAAGAAGAGGAACAACAACAGCGCAAAGAAGGUGAAAGGCUUUAAAGGUUGCUGUUUUCAAGUCCAUGAUGGAGUUUUUGCUUCUUCUUCUUCAUCAUCCUCUUCUUCCUCUUCUUCGGCUGCUUGGUUUAGUAGCAGCGGUGGGUCAGCUGGUGGUAAUUUCGCUGGUGUCAAGAAAAAAAUCGUUCAGCAUGGGAACAAUGGCAGUGGCAAAGGGCUGUUGGAGAGGUUCAAGAAGUUUGAAAUCUUUCCAUGUGGACCUCACUAAUUUCAUCUCACAUGCUAUCGUACUACUUAAGCAAAACUCUAUUUAUGACCGUUGAUGUAGUAAUGUAGUUAGAGGCAGGUCGAUUAACCAAAGGAAAGAGGGAUGAACUUGAAGGCAUGGCCAACUAGUUUAAUUGCUCUUAUAUUGGCGAAAAUGAGCGCCUUUUUUGUACACUAAUAGCCGGCAACUGAUUAGCAAACAAUCCUUUUGAAGACAAUGUAAUGUUUAGUAGCACUUAUAUAUACUCAUCCGAUAGUUCCGUACUUCAAAAGAGUACCAAUCUAUGUUGGAGCGGUCUGUCGCACCCAUUAGGCAUAUUUCUCCUUGAGCUUAGCAAUCCGAAAAGAUGAGAAAAGAUGUAGGGUAUUACUACUAUUCAGGCAAUCUGGUACAUUACUACUAUUCAAAAAGAAAAGAUGAGACAAUCUUAGUGAGAUGUAGG